AUGUCGGCGGACGCUGGGACGGACGGCCCUGUCUCCCCCGCGGACGGGUGGUGGUCGGAGAGUGCAGGGAACACGACGGGUCUCUCCCCCAGCAACAGGCUGUCUGAGGAAGGCUACUACAUCACAGCCUUCUGUCUCCUCUUCAUCGCUACCUUCGGUAUCUUCAACAACCUGGUUGUUAUCAUCGUUAUGGUCAGGAACAAGAAGCUGCGGACGCCGCUGAACGCGCUGCUGCUGAGUCUGGCCAUGUCUGACCUGGGCAUCAGCCUGGUGGGCAGCCCCGUCUCCCUCAUGGCUGCCCUUCAUCGUGGCUGGUACUUUGGCCCCGGCGUCUGCGUCGGCUACGCCUUCCUUAUGUCAUUUUUCGGUAUAGCCUCCAUCACAAGCCUCACAGUUCUGUCCUUCGAGAGAUAUCUGAUGAUAUCCCGGCCGUGGAGGAACUCGGAGCUCACGCACCGCAGAGCUCUCCUCAUCAUCUGCUGCAGUUGGGCCUACGCCUUCAUCACCACUACUCCGCCUCUCUUUGGAUGGGGCGGAUUUGGCAUCGAAGGACCAGGUAUAAGUUGCUCGAUUGACUGGGUGACUCGGAGUUGGCAGAACACAUCGUACAUCGUCUUCCUCUUCGUCCUCGGCCUUGGCGUCCCAGUUGUCGUAAUGGCCUUCUCCUACACCAAUAUCCUCCUUACUUUAAAACAGCACGGCCACUUGGGCCUGCAGUCCGGAGUGGCGCGGGCGGAGAAGCGAGUGGCCAUGAUGGUGCUGGUGAUGGUGGUGACCUUCUUGGCGGCCUGGACGCCUUACUCCGUCAUAACCCUCAUCAUGGCCUUCGGCAACCCCCUCCUCGUAACCCCCGGGGCGGCGGUGGCCCCUGCCAUCUGCGCCAAGUCCUCCUGCCUCUACAACCCCAUUAUUUACGUGGGGUUAAAUACACAGUUCCGGAGCGCUUGGUCGCGUCUGCUGUGCUGUAGGGAGGAGGGGCCCAGCCUGGCCUGCACCACAGAGAAGGUCUCCCUCACCGUCUUCAUCGAUCACGGCCCCCAGCCGGAGUCCCUCAAGUUGCGGGUGACCAAGAGAGACGGAGACGGGUGCCAGAGCUCAGCACCGGAGCCAACAGAGGUCACAUCGCUCAGGGAGUCCCGGGUCGUCCCGGUCAAGGUCCUCUACGAUGUGCAGGUCUCUACAGCAGGCGGUGGUCAGGUCAAGAGUGAGAUUGUGUAGUGAACAAAUCCACAAGGGCAGUGCCGAGGGCUCGAACAUACGUCCGAGAGGUUGGAGAUUGUGUAGUGUUUACCUUUCAGUGACUUUAAGAGAAUCGAGGUGCUCUUUAUGCCCCGGCUAAAGUUAUGGAUGGAGGUGGCUUCCACAACUGCUGCUUUUAGUGGCUUCCACUUCUUGACCUCCCAUACAGGGUACCACUAUUUCCUUACAUUUCUUUACCAUAUCUGCGAUUCCAGCAUCGACUUAUGUCCUCUUUAAAUCAAAUCAAAUCAAAUCAAAUGUUUAUUUAGGUAAGGUACAUACAUACAAGAGAUUUUACAAAGAGUGAUGGAUUU